CUGGAAUAUAUAUAUAAACCCAAAAAAUAUUUCCAUUUAUCAUCAGCAUAUAUUCACAAGCUGCUUAUCUGUUAAUUUCUCUCUCUCAACACCUGGAAUUACAUACACUUUUUUGGGCACACAAAGUAAAGUAUAAUGCAGACAAGAACAGUACAGGUAGGUCAUCUAUCAGAUCUAGCUACCGAGAGAGAAAUCCACGAGUUUUUCUCCUUUUCCGGUGAAAUUGAAAGCGUUCAGAUCUGCCGUGAUUCACAACAAAAUAAAACUGCGUUUGUUACUUUUAAAGAUCCCAGAGCUCUUGAAAUUGCAUUAUUGCUAUCGGGAGCAACUAUUGUGGAUCAGAUUGUUAGCAUUACUUCUGUGGAAAAUUAUGUGCCAAAGCCCGAGUGUCAGGAAGUUUGUGAAGUAGAUAAUGCGAUGAGAAUGGCUUCAGAAAGCCCUUCCUCACAUGCCGAGGCCAACACUACUUCUCCUCGUGGAAGAGUAUACAUAAGUAAAGCUCAAGACGUUGCUAAAAGUGUUCUUGCAAAAGGUUCAGCAUUUAGGCAAGAUGCUGUAAAUAAAGCUAAAGCAUUUGAUGAAAAGCAUCAACUGAGAGCCAAUGCAUCUGCCAGGGUGAAUUCUCUGGACAAGAGAGUUAGGCUUACAGAGAAAUUUAAUGUUGGAGUCUCUGUGGUAAAUGAGAAAGUUAAGUCUGUUGAUCAAAAACUUCAAGUGUCGGACAAAACAAUGGCUGCAAUAUUGGCUGCUGAGAGGAAACUAAAUGACACAGGAUCAGCCGUCAAAUCAAGCAGGUAUGUUACCGCUGGAGCAGCUUGGCUGAAUGGAGCUUUUGGUAAAGUGACAAAGGCUGGGCAGGUUGCAGGAACAAAAACUAGACAAAAAUGGAACUUGGCAGUCUCAAAUUUAACGGCAAAGGAUUCACCAAUUGCUGCAUAAAGCAGAGUUUAUAGACAGCUGCAUUCUUUUGAUCGAUGAUCAUAUUGGUUUCUCCAUCAUCAGAAUGAUGAUUAUGGAGAUCAGUUAUUAGAUAUUUCAGAUUUGUAAGCUUGGUGUGUGGAAUUCUUGUGUCUAGUACAUGUUUUUAGUGUGUUAAAGGGCAGUUUUGUGUUAUUCAUUUUAUUAGUUAAUUGUUGCCAUAUAUUCUUGUGUAUUCAUGUUAAUUUCCAAGUGUGCAACUACGAAGAGAUAAGUAAUGAUGUGAAGUUCCAUUAAAAAGUUAUGUAACUAUUUAUGCAA